GCGUACAAGAUAUUGUUACUGGCUCAAACGCCAGUGAGGAGUCUAAACAUUCUGGGAGAAGGCUACGUUCGACAUCUGCUGCACGCCGGGCAUGAGGUGACCUACAUGUCAGUUUACCCGCCAAAAAACAUCUCAGAAAAGAAUUUUCGUCACAUCGACCUCAGCAGUACGCAUAUGGAUCUUAUAAGCCAGGACGAUAUACUCAACAUAGGGCACUUAAUACGGCACCCACCAGCUGAAUAUGCUGACAUAGAAUACCUACAGAAUAUGGGUCUUAUAACAGCAUAUACUACAUUCGAAAAUGAGAAAGUCAAAAAACUUCUAGAAGACACAAGCGAGAAAUUUGAUGUGGUAAUCAGUGAUCUUUUUGAAUCCGAAUUGUACACAGCAUUAGGCGCUCUGUACGAUUGCCCGUUCAUCUGGGGCUACUCCAUGGGUCCACACUGGCUGGCCCUGCGGCUCGUCGAUGAGACCACCAACCCCGCGUACGCGAUGGACUACUUGGCGCCUGACAUCCCGCCGUUCCGUAUGUGGGCACCGCGGCUAUUAAAGCUCUGGACUCAGAUCAAAUGGUUCUUUAUAAAAAUGACCAACGUUAUACGCCAGGAAAGGACUUUCUACAAACAGUACUUUGAACCAAUCUUUGCAAAAAGAAAUAAGCGCCUACCUGAAUAUGAAGAUGUAAUCUAUAACGCUUCGAUGGUGCUGUCGAAUGAGUUUCCUGGAAAUGGUUUGAUGCCAAGCGUACCUCAAAACUUUAAAUUUAUAGGGGGUUAUCAUAUCGAGACACCUCCAAAACCCCUACCACAUGAAAUACUUACAAUUUUGGACAACGCCAAGCACGGAUUUAUUUACUUCAGCAUGGGUUCAACUUGGAAAAGCAAGGACAUACCAAAGGAAGUCACGAAGGGUCUCUUAGAAAUGUUUGGAACUUUAAAAGAAACUGUCAUAUGGAAGUAUGAGGAAGGUCUGCAAAAUGUCCCAAAGAACGUGCACAUUUUGAAAUGGGCACCACAAACUAGUAUAUUAGCUCAUCCGAAUAUUCUCUUCUUCAUCACACACGGAGGCCUACUGUCUUCCAUUGAAUCCGUGCAUUACGCAGUACCAGUCAUCGGUGUACCCAUAUACUUUGACCAGUUUAUCAACAUUGACAGAGGGGUGCAAAGGGGAAGCGCCCUCAGGGUGGACUUGUCAAUGAAUUUGCCUAGGGACCUGAAAGUUGCGAUUGAUACGAUGGUUAAGGAUAAAACAUUCAAGAAACGUGCAGAGGAAAUAUCUUCGAUAUACCACGACCGUCCCGUUACCCCGGGCACAGAGCUGGUGCACUGGGUGGAGCACGUGGUGCGCACGCGCGGCGCGCCGCAUCUGCGCUCCCCAGCCUCCCUCAUGCCUUGGUGGGAGAAAAUGUUCCUCGAUGUUAUUGUUUUUGUUAUAAUAGUCGGCAUGAUUAGUGUAUACUAUGUCAAAAAAGCAAUAAAACACGUUUUUGGGUCCAAAUUCGUAAGCAAGAAAAAGAGGAAUUAAAUAUCGUUUACUUUA